CGACCUACCUCCCCCUAGGAGGUACAGGAGGGAGUUUAUACAAAUAAUAUUAUGUAAUAACUUGGAAAUCAAUUCGUUUUUGAAAUCCUCAAUAUCCGCUGGAUCUUCAAUCUGUUCUUUAUUAACAUUUAAUCCAAGGAUACAAGUUUCUUGCUUCGCCUUCUCAUGUUUCCUAAACCACUCACAGUCUAUGGCAUCGACUUUCCCUAACGAGCAACUCGAAGAACAAGAUGUGGCGGAAUUUACUUCCUCUGACUCAUCGGAAUGCGACGAAUAUGCACUAUUCUCCCCAGUCAUGGAAAGGAUACGACUAGACCGUCUCGCCAAGUAUGUCGCUACAACUCGAAAAAGGAUUCAUCCCAGCGACCAAAACAUUCACGUAGUCGAAAUCAAGACCCCGAUAUUCGGCUCCUACCAUGUGCUUUACCCAGUAAAGUUCAAUGACGAAGCUCUCUGGCUCCUCAAGGUCCCUGCGAAUGGGACCAGGGAGAACUUCAAAGGCAUCGAUUCUAGGACCUUACGCUCAGAGGCUCUGACGAUGCGCCUGCUGCGCCGUGAGACGACCAUCCCACUUCCGGACGUUUUUGCAUUUAGUGCUACGUGUGAUAAUGAACUCGACUGUCCGUUUAUUCUGAUGAACCAUAUGGAAGGACAGUCACUGUACAAAGUUUGGUUCGAUAGAACUUCACCAAAAGAUGUUGUUCAGGCACGACGGACUCGAUGCUUGCAAGGCCUUGCCGCUGCUAUGGUCCAGCUUGGGAAAUUCUCCUUCAGUCAAGGAGGGUUGUUGGACUUUGAUGAUGAUGGUCUUCCAUUGGGUAUGGAUCCCUUUCGCUUAGUGAACAACGCCGCCAUGCUGGAACGGUCAAGAGACGGUUAUCUUGAUGGGUCAACAAUCUACCUAGAGACGGGGCCCUUCGCCAAACCAAAGGCAUAUUAUACAGCCAUUUUAGACAGCCGAAGAGAGCCAAACUCGACUAUAGAAACAGGUCUAGUCAUACUCCUCCGACUGUUCAUCGACUGGAUUACUGAGCCGAGUGACGGCCAGGAGGCAUUCAUUCUGGCUCAUCCAGAUUUUGAGAUGCAGAAUGUUCUGGUUUCGGAGGACGGUCAGCUGCAAUCUAUUAUCGACUGGGAUGGAGUGAGUGCUGUUCCUCGGACUUUGGGAAACGAAGCAUAUCCGAGCUGGUUGAUGCGGGAUUGGAACCCGUUGAGAUAUGGCUGGACUGGAGACAUGUGUGUUUGGGAGGAUUCACCUGAUGCAUUGAGAUUCUACAGGUCUCUUUAUGUAGGGUUCAUCAGACGUCAUCGGCGACAAGACGAUCCAGCGUGCGUUAAUUUGACUACGAGGUCACUCAUUCACAGGAACUUGCUCAUCGCCGCGAAUGAUCCGCCCUAUAUGGUGAAUAUUGUUGAGAAGAUCUUCAAUGCGAUUGUCAGCCUUGCCCGUGGGGGAAUGCUGCCUCAGUCAAAUGUGUCUGAUGGCGGUGGAGACAAUCGUCAAGAGGAAUUAAAUAGCGAUAACAGUGAGCUGGAAGGCUUCGAUUUAUAUAAUGUCGCAUCCGCAUUAAAUGCGAAACAGUUGAGCAAGGGUCAAAUAAAAAUCUUGAGGCUCGGGUUUGAUACUCUUUUACAACAGAGUAGUACGUUGUGACUGGCUCUCAAUAAGAAAGCAACUAGCAUAUCUCUUACCAUGUCAGAAAACUCGAAAACGAGCGGUAGUAAGCAGGGAAAUGGGCCGCCCAAAAAACCAAAUAGAAUAAUUUAGAUGGCCG